AAACCACUUCCGCAUCUCUGGUUCUGGGUUUGUGGUCGAACUGGUCUGGAUCGGAUAUGACGUCAGCGGUUUCGUUUUCGUCCCACUGUCAAGUCGCCCAGGAGUGAAGCAAUGAAGUAAAGAGAAGUAAAGUUUCCAAUGGAGAUCCGGGUCGAGGCCACGGUUCUCAUCGACCGGUUCCAGGAUGAGCGGGAGGUCCGGCGGCUCCUCCGGUCGUUCGGCCUGGAGGUGACGGAUCUGGACCGAGGUCGGGUCCGUGUCGCGGGUUUGUUCCAUGACCUCGAAGCGGUGAAGGCCCGUUUGGAGCGGCUCCUGGAGGCCUCGGACCUGCCGCCCGCUUCCUCCGGAGCGAUUUCAAAGCACAGCAGGAAUAACGCAGGUCCAGGUUCCACACGGAGACGUUCGGCCUUUCUGGGCCCCAGAACCUCCGCCGGUCCAAACCACCAGGCGCCGGAUUAUCGGACUCCGAGUGAGGUGAUUGUGAUCGACUCUGAUGUCUUCAUGUACGCCAAGCGGUUCAGGAAGCAGCAGCUGGAUGACCUCCUGACCCGGCAAGACGUCCAACAUGACGUGAAGGCAGAGGAAGAAAACAUCAUCAUCACCCUGCAGGGUCCAGACUCCGGGUCGGUGUCUGCAAACCUGCAGCGGCUCCUGGACGACCUGCGCAGAACCCUCCGGACCCAGGAAGUCCUUCUGUCGGACCUCAGCGCCGAAGGAAAACGGCUUCUAGCCAGAACCCAAGAAAACAACAAAUCCUUAAAUUUAGUUCUGGUGUGUGAGAAGAACGACAGACUCCACCUGGUCGGCCCGUCCAAAGAGAGCUACGACCUGAAGCAGAGCCUUCAGGGGGGCCCAGUCCACCAAUCAGGAGCCAGAGGACGGCCGGCCGAUCGGACCCGGAGGGAGAGGAGCAGAUCGGUGCCGACCAGGAGUCAGAGAAGUCCAGCAGCUGGCGGAGAGAUUUCCUCUCGGAGGGCCGGCGGACCGGAGACGCCACGAGGGCGGAGCCUGUCGGAGUCCCGCGCGAAACAGGAAGAAGAAAAACUGAGAAGAAAAGACGACCAGGUUCAGACUGCAGAAGGCCGAAACAGAGGCGGCAUCUUUCGGUCUUUGGGAAAAGCUUGUGACUCGGUGACGCGUACGGAGCGCCAGCGGGAAGCGGGGAGAGGAAGUGACCCAGAGGAAGUUUGA